AUGACUCACAAAAUCUGUAUAUUACAUUCGUUGGCUUCGAGUAAUUCAAUAACUGCGUUAAAUGCUGUACAAACAUUAUUACAAUCUGGAGAUGCUAAGGUUAAUGAACGCGAGCAUAAUGGUUUAACGGCAUUGCAUGUUGCUGCCGCAUGGGAUCAUCUAGCUAUGUGUCAGUUACUGCUUUAUUAUGGUGCUGAUCCUUUUCAGACUGACAUUCAUGGAAGGACUGCAUACGAUGUUGCAAUCGGUGAAACAAAGAAAUUUUUUGCAAGAGCAUUCAAAGGAUUACAAAAAACAGACAAAAGCAAUCGAAUUAUGCCACGUAUCGGCUUCUUGCGUGCACUCACACAACUGUUCGCAUGUUUGGCUUUAUUAAUUGAAGAUGAAAAAGAGCGAAUACCGUCUGAUGUACUUCGAGUGGUAAAAAAAUUUUCUGAUCGUUCACUGAAACGCGAAUUUGAAUCGAGGGGUGUAAAGAUUGGCCCAUUAACUCCAUCAACUCGAUUUGCUUAUGAAUUAAAACUAGCACGAGUACUGAGUCAGAUGACAGUGUUGCGUGACGAACAACCGAAGAAAUUUAGCAGUGUGCUGGAAAGUGUGAUUGCUGGGUCGAGCUGUGAGGCAGGAAGAAAAAUGGAUGAACUAGUUAAAAACGAAUUCUUCUGUAGUGAGAAUUGGCGAGAAGGUGUUAAAGCCACAUCAUUUUGUUACAUUCUUAUUGAUCCGUCUUUACUCGAAUCUCAGGAUACAUGUACUUUUGUACAAUUUCUCCGAGCUAUCUUUUAUAUUGGCAAGGGCAAGCGUUCCCGACCUUUACAACAUCUCACUGAAGCAGUUAAAGCUAAGCAAGGUGGUGUUGGUGUUUCUCCAGUACAGAUGACGAAUAAACUAAGAAGAAUUUUGGAUGUGUGGGCGAAAGGCUAUGGGAUAGUAUCAUUGCAUGUCUUUCAAAAUACGAUCCCCGUCGAAGCAUUCACUCGGGAAGCAGCGAUGAUCGAUGCUAUUGGAAUCAGCAAUUUAACAAACGUGAAGAAGGGUGACUAUUAUGGGAUAAGCAAAGACUGGACGUCAAAAGAGAAAGCAUUGUAUGGAAGUUAUUUGCUUCAGAAGGCGUUGGAAGUAUUCCGCGUAGAAGGAUGUCGUCAAUUGUUUGAAAAUGAUGUGCAUAAUAAUUAG